AUAUUCAAACAUUAAUAUGCAGAAUGAACAACAACGAUUCCAAAGAAUUAUCUAUCGAUAGUAAGAAUGUCUUACUGGAUUAUGAUGCUUCGAGAGAGAGUCACCAUUCCAUGAAUUUUCCAAAAUCGUUCUUGGAGAGUGUCCAAACAACUCCUGCAAAGGAAACAAGGCUUAUCUGCAUUUACCUGAAAGCUUCUUGCCUCUUUCAGGAUAAACAAAACAGCUCCUUGCUGAGUGGUGACAUCUUAGGAGCCAGUCUUGGGAACAUGAGUGUCAGCAACCUUCGUGAACCUGUGGAAAUCAGGUUUUGGCAUAAUCAUUCAUUGGUUAACUUCAGCAAGACCUGCGUGUUUUGGGUGGAAGGAACAGGAGAGGACAACCUGGGGGAAUGGAGAACAGAAGGUUGUGAAACCGACACCAGCCAGGAGCACGUUGUUCUCUGCAAAUGCAGCCAUCUGACUUAUUUUGCUGUCCUUGUGCAUGAACCUAAAUGCCAAGAGAAGGCAAUGGAAGAGAUUAUUUCUGCCUGCACAGUCAUGCCAUUUGAUCGCUUGAGAGUAACAAUAAACUGUCCUCCAGAACCUGUGGAUGAAAGGUUGCUGACUCCUUUAACCUUUCUGAGUGACAUCGGCUGUGGAAUCUCAGCGUCGGCUUGUUUCAUCACCAUCUUCUUAUACCUUCUCUCCAGGAAACUCUAUCACGAUUCCACCACAAAGAUCCACAUCAAUCUCCUGGGCGCCCUUUUCUUUCUCAACGUGUCAUUCUUGAUCAGCAAGACUUUGGUUGACCAUCCGCCGUGGUGCAGCAUCCUGGCUGCCUUCCUCCACUACUCCUUGCUCUGCAGUUUGACCUGGAUGGCCAUCGAGGGCUUCCACCUCUACUUGCUGGUGAUCAGAGUCUACAACUCCUACAUCAGCCGUUACCUGCUGAAGCUGUGUGCUGUGGGGUGGGGGCUCCCUGGAGUCAUAGUCCUGGUCAGCUUCCUUAGCGUGAAGAAGGCUUAUAAUCAGCAUGAUAUCAACACUGGCUCUCAAUACAAUAAAUCUUCCAUAUGCUGGAUCACCUCCCCCAUCUUGAGCCAUAUCACCCUUGCUUAUGUUGGUGGCACCGUGUUAUUCAACAUGGUUAUCUUGGUGUUGGUGGUGCAGAAGCUUAGACAGCUCAGAGCUCACCCCCUUCGUCGGCCUCAGGAACAUACCUGCAAAGAUGUGGGAACCGUUCUUGGAAUGACCUUCCUCCUGGGGACCACCUGGAUAUUGCUCUUCAUGUCCUUUGGGGUCUUCUUAGUUCCACAGAUCUUCCUCUUUACAAUCUUCAACAGCCUCCAAGGAGCCAUCAUCUGUCUUUGGUAUUGCUUUUUACGGUGUCGUUCAGAUCCAAAAACUCACCUGGAUUCUCUCAGUCAUCGGCAACAUCACCUGUCUUUGAGGCCCAGCGAGCGUGAGCUCCGUUGUCAUACGAUAAACCAGACAGCAGAUGAGAAAUACUAG